AUGUUCGAAGAGAAGAUCAUCGAAUUCGACCCCUCAGCUGGGUCAAUCCCCCUCGUUGGUGCAACAAUCGUGGUUGACCAAUCAGAUUACCCAGGUAUCAUCCGCGCCGCAAAGGACCUGGCACAAGACUUUGGCCGUGUAACGAAAGGAGAUCCCAGCCCUUUGGUUCUACUGAGCUCAGAGGAAGAUUAUGCACAUAUCCAUACAAAGACAGCUAUCUUUGUGGGCAGCAUUGGCUCUAGUCCGCUCAUCAAGCGGCUAGUGGACAGUGGAAAGUUGGAUACAGAGGCGAUCGAUGGUAAAUGGGAAUCCUUUACCACGAGUAUCCUCAAUGAGCAGCUUGGGACAUGCGAGCAGGCUUUGAUCAUCGCUGGAAGCGAUAAGCGAGGUGCUAUUUUUGGUAUAUACACUCUCUCGGAGCAAAUUGGCGUCUCUCCGUGGUAUUGGUGGGCUGAUGUGCCACCGAAACAUCAUACCGGAAUCUAUGCUAUCGGAAAACAAACUGUUCAUGGCGAACCAUCUGUGCGUCACCGAGGUAUCUUCCUCAACGACGAAGCCCCAGCUUUGACUGGCUGGGUGAGGGAAACGUUCGGAGGAUACAACUCCAAGUUCUACUCAACUGUAUUUGAACUCCUUCUUAGACUCAAGGCCAACUUCUUAUGGCCAGCGAUGUGGCCCGGCUAUCCCAACCCAGGAGCUUCUUUCUUCACUGAUGACCCUCUGAACCAAAAGCUCGCAGACGAAUACGGAAUCGUUAUAUCAACGUCGCAUCAUGAGCCUAUGCAACGCCUAUCAAACGAAUGGUUUGCAGAUAAUCCAGAUGGAAGCUGGAAUUGGUUGACCAACAAGCAGAAAAUCACCGAGUUCUUCGAGCAUGGCGCAAGCAGGGCCAAAAACUGCGAUUCAUACUUUACUCUGGGAAUCAGAGGAGAAUAUGACAAAAAGAUGUUGGCAGAAGAUCCUGCUUCUGUAGUUCAGGAUGCCAUUGAGACCCAGAGAAAGGUUAUUGAGAAGGUCUAUGGAAGUGAAGAUGCUGUGCCUCAGCUGUUUGCUAUAUACAAGGAAGUGCAGUCCAUGUUUGAAACCGGGCGUCUGACUGUUCCAGAAGAUGUCACACUGCUUUUUCAAGAUGACAAUUUUGGCACUAUCCGUCGACUUCCAACAAUUGAAGAAUCCAGGAGGAAAGGUGGAGCAGGUGUUUACUACCAUCUGCAAUACGUUGGUGAUCCUCGCAGUUACAAGUGGAUCAACACAAACUCUCUCGGAAAAGUGUGGCAUCAACUCCAGCAGGCAUAUCACCACAACGCCAGACAGAUCUGGGUGUUCAAUGUAGGCGAUCUCAAACCUCAGGAACUCCCUAUUUCCUUCGCUCUGGCCUUGGCAUGGGACGUCAACAGCAUCAAGCACAACACUCUUCCCGAGUUCUUCCAUCGUGCGGCUAGGCGUGAGUUCGGAGCUGAUCUCGCAGAUGAGAUCGGUUCGCUUUGGCAUCAACACGACCGGUUACUAUCUUUGAGAAAACACGAACAUAUCGAACCAGAGACAUUCUCAAUCCUGCACUACAAGGAAGCUGAUUCUAUCCUUGGCCGCUGGAAAGUCCUUCUUGGCCUUGCGGAGACUUUGCAUAGCCGGGUCCCUGAAGAACAGAAAGCUGCAUCCUUCCAGCUCAUUCUUCACCCGACCAAGGCUUCGUAUAUCUAUAAUGCUCUGCGUAUCAACCAAGCGCGUAACAAGCUCUUCGCUCGCCAGAAACGCAACUCCGCCAACAAGAUUGCGCAAGAGGUCUUGGAUCUCUUCGACGCCGAUUUUGAUCUGUCAGAGGAAUUCCACAGUCUGCUCAAUGGAAAAUGGAAUCACAUCCUGAUGCAACCUCAUUACGGAUAUGAAGAUACUUGGCAUGCACCAUCGCGAGACAUGAUCAGCGGUCUGUCGUUCGUCCAGCGACGCCAGAACUCGAACCCCAUUGUUGGACAGAUGGGAGUUGCGGUUGAAGGCCACGAAGGUGUGCGAGUGGGACGCAUCAAUGAGGAGUCAGAACGAACGCAUCCAAGCAGGCGAGAUCUUGUUCCUGGCCUGACCUUGGGCCCCAUGAGUCGGUAUGGACCCAAUUCCAGGUGGUUUGAUGUCUUUACUCGCGGAGUCCCGACUAUCAACUGGUCAACUUCGGCUCCUUAUCCCUGGAUCAUCUUAUCACAGACUGAGGGAGUGUUGGUUCCCGGCCAAGAUGAUGUGCGAGUACAAGUUUCCAUCGAUUGGUCACAAGUGCCUCAAGACUUCCAAGACGAGGUUCUUAUUGAUGUGCGAUCACGUGAAGGAGACUUUGAACAAGUUCACCUACCCAUCGAUGGUCGACAAGUCCAAAAUUCAUUCCAUGGCUUUGUGGAACAGAGUUGCUUCAUCUCAAUACCAGCGACUGAUUGCCACCUUGAGAAGCCGUAUAUAACCCUUCCUGAUACAGGCAGACUCCAGACCGGAAGUGUGGCUCUCGCUCCCGGAACAAGGACCAGUAGCGCGAUUCCUUACAUAAAAUACCCGCUCUUCACACUCAGCGAAACUGACACAACGGAAUUGGUGCUUUACUUUGGCACAACUCUUGACUUGUCAUCAGAGGAUGUCCUGACCUACGAUGUGCAGCUUGAUGAGAGCCAGGUUCAGACAUACAAUCUGCAAAAGAGGACUCCGCAAAGUGAGAAGAACGCUGCAGAUAAGGGAUGGGCAUCGGCUGAUGGGUGGUUCUACGCUGCGUCGGACAAUGUAUGGGUGCGGAAGCAUAAGCUAGGGGCAUUGAAGACUGGUGUGCAUGAUCUUAAGCUCCGACUCAAUCAUGCAAACAUAUUGCUGGAAAAGAUUGUUGUUAACUUGGGUGGGAUGCAAGAGAGUUACUUGGGGCCCCCUGGAAACACGAAGGCUUGA